CAGCCAACAUUGCCAUAAACUUCACAUUUCCUGGUUCUGCAAAUUUAUGUUAUCAAACGCUUUAUCGCCUUCAUGACGUUUUCGACACGGUUCCACUCCUCACUUUCCAACUGGCAUCGCUGCAAAACUUCGCCAACUGAGUCAUAAGAUCAGUUGAAUUUGUGCGUUGAGUGAGUUUCAACAAAGUUUUUCAGUGCCUUUUCCCGGUAGAAAUUUUCAACAAUGGCCGACGAAGUUGCUGAAAAUGGUCACGCAGAAAAUGGAGAUGUACCAGAAAUCGAGCUUAUCAUUAGGGCCUCGACAAUAGACGGUAGACGUAAAGGAGCCUGCCUAUUCUGUCAGGAAUACUUCAUGGAGUUGUACUUAUUGGCCGAACUGAAAACUAUUAGUCUGAAGGUGACGACAGUAGACAUGCAGAAACCUCCUCCUGAUUUCCGUACGAAUUUUGAAGCGACGCCCCCACCGAUCCUGAUAGACAGAGGGAUGGCCAUCUUGGAAAACGAGAAAAUCGAAAGACAUAUCAUGAAGAACGUGCCAGGAGGUCAUAAUUUAUUUGUACAGGACAAAGAAGUAGCAACAUUGAUUGAAAAUCUCUACACAAAGUUCAAAACGUACGUUAGAAAGUUUGAAUCGACUGACACCACAGAAAAUAGGCAACCUCUAUAUUCGCAUUUGGAGAGGAUCAACGACUUCAUGGCAAAGAGAGGCACGAGAUUUUUAACUGGUGACACUAUGUCCUGUUUUGACUGUGAAUUGAUGCCUAGACUGCAACACAUCCGCAUAGGAGCCAAAGCCUUCCGCAAAUUCGAGAUCCCCUCAACAUUCAAAGCUUUGUGGAACUACAUGGCGAACAUGUACGAACUCGAAGCCUUCAUCCAGAGCUGCCCGGCCGAUCAAGACAUCAUCAGUCAUAUCAAAAACCAAUUGGGCCUUAAGACAACCGCGCGGAUAGAACUGGAAACGCCUGUAUACACGACAGCCAUUCCGGUGCUAUCUGAAUCGUAAAUAAUAACUUAAAAUAAAGAAUUAUAGUCGGUUUCGUGAUAUUUUGAUAAUAUAAUAUGGGACGUCAUCCAGAAUACGUUCCGGUGAAGAUAGCCGCAAAUGAUGAAUGGCAUAAUAAAAUAUUGGUGUUUGGCAGUGUUGCCAAACACAAUUAUUUCGUUCUGUGGCCAUCAUUUGCAGCUAUCUUCACCGGAACGUAUUCUGGAAGAUGUCUCUACAUGUAUAGGCUUGCUUAAAUUGGACAAACUUGAUGUAUCAAAUAUAAAUCAUGUUUUUAAAUGACAUAUAUGUCUGAUAGAUAGUGCCUUGUAUUGCUUAUUCAAACUUAAUCCUUUUGGGUCACUAAAGGACUGAUUAUACACAGAAACAAAUAAAUUAGUACAUGUAAACUAACUACAUGACGAAACUAUUUAUUCAUAAUAUUUUUCCGAUAUUCUAUGUGUUGCUUGAUUAGAGUUAUAAUACAGUAAUCAAAUUUGAUGAUUUUGAUGUGCCAUCCAUACUUAGUAUUACUGGAGUUUUCAUUUUUUGACACAUGUCAAACGUCACGACUGUCAAACAUCAAUUUUUGACGCAUGUCAAACGUCACGACUGUCAAACAUCAAUUUUUGACAGCCAUUUUCAAAGAGUUUUCAAGGUCAACUUAAAAAUGUUGGAAAUUACUACUUUUGUACGUGAUCACUACUAUUUCUGCUGCUAUUAUACUAUCCUGUGCUUACAUGGCUUGAUUCUAAAUGUAACUGAACAAUAUUCGAACAAUUUUAUAUCUUAUAGCUGAAUUCUUUCGAGCCGCUGUUUCAAAUAUUACAAAACCGACAAACCGUUUAUUUUUAUAUGCAUUUUCGACUUCGACCUAGUCAGGGGAAGUAAUCAGUAAGUUUCUUCCAAUAAGAGUCAGCUACCACCAUAGCAGUUUUGUCAAAUUACAGAAAAAAGUUUAUAAGACCGCUUUUUUAUCAUUAUUAAUAAAUAUUAACAGAUUAUCGCACUUACUGUAGCAAGACAACAAGUGGAAACAACGGAAGAAAGAAUAUCUUUGGUUAGAAAGGCACUUGAUGAAUUCUAUACGUUCUACAGUAAUGAAAAAUAAUUAUCAUGGCGCAUAUUAUUGCAAGUGAAAAUGUUGUUUCUACGAUUUCCAGUAUUAGUUUUAUUAUCUUCAGUUAAGUUUUAAUUGUAGUUCAUUUUUUAAUAGAUGAAAAACGGUUCUGUAUGAAUAGGGCUUUUCAACGCUUCUCAUUUAUUUCGGGCACUUGUCAUAUGUCGUAUAUUAAUAUUAUACACAGAUUAUACAACAUACGACAAGUUAAGAUAUCUAUGUCAUACGUUUUUGGUUUGUAUCAUUGGUAUAUACGAAUAACGUAUGUUCCAUGGGUGUUCGGGAACGAUUAACUUAAAUUAAAAUAAGUGUAAAAACAACAACUUGUCAAUAAUAUAUUUAUUUGUGUCGGUAAAAUAGCGUGAAUAUUUCUCGAAAGAGAGUUUGUUAUUCUUUUGCGAGUAUGGUGGUGUGUCCGCGCCGGAUGGUUGCUGUGGCUAUACUGAAAGAAACCACAAACGCUAAUAUGUUUGUGUUUCUACCAUCUGGCCAGAAAGGUGAUAAAUUAUUUAGAUCUGGCGUUUAAAAGUUGAAACAUUUCUGCAGUUUUAAGAAACGUCUUCGAAUGCAUUUCCAAAGUGAGUUAUUGACAUAAGGUCUGAUAAGGUAAUUAAUUUAUGGGGAAUUUAGUUUGUUAAACUGAACACACCAAAAACAUCUGGUUAGGGAUACAUUUCGUUUCGUAAAACUUAACGGGCCCUUCUUAGCAUCUGGUUUGUAUAUUAAAUGUGAAUUUUGUAUGACCCAUAUUAUUUCGUUUUGAGAAAAGAAAGUUAAUAUUUAAAAUUAGCAAUUAAAAAAAUAAUAAUAAAUGAAGCGUGUCGCUAUACGUAUGACGUAGAUAUAUUAAUAUUAGAGGACUCAUGACAGAAUCUGACAGAAAUGACAAUCGAUGAAAAGCCCAAUUAAUUGACAAAUGAUGACAGAUGACGGUUAUGAUUGUAUUGCCUUUCAGGAUUGCCAACUGUUUUCCUGUUAAGUUUAUGUUUAUGUGGACAAUCCUUUGAACUUUAGACGUUCCAUACUGAUAUGGUCAACGUUUUUACAGUUUCCGGUAAAAAUAUCGCUUAUAACGAGACCAUAAACUUUUUAAAUCCAAAAAUGAAAAAACAUCGUUGUUGUGUAUCAAAUUGUCAAAAUACAACGAAUGAAUUGUGUUGCACAACUGAUAUAUGCAUAUAACAAUUCAAGAAAGCACUGAGUUGCCUACAUUUGGCGCUACUGAGCUGAAUAACCUGAAAAAUUGAUUUUAAAAGGCCUUAAAUACAAUGUUUUUAAAAAUGUAUAAACAUUUUCAAUUUCUUUGAAACACGAAAAUGCAGCAGCUGCAUAAUGCUCUGGUUAAAUCGGAGAGUGCAGGAAGAGUCUAUACCGGUUUCGGAGGUUUUUCCCCCUCAUCAGUAGUCCCAUAUUCUAUUCUCUCCGAAUUCUCCACGUAUCAUACUUUGGGCCGUUCCGAAUUGCAAAGAAAGAUGUCACGGAUGAACUAGAGCCAUCUACCGAAAAACAAAGUAAGUUAUCAAUCGAAGUAGCACAGAAAACGACAAUAAAUGUCGUUCCCAUACCACCAGAUUGACAACAGGUGGAUACUUUCUUUGGUUACAUCUCCUGAGAUUUUUAAAAUUUAUAAAUCAAACAGUAUGCCGACAGAUUCUCUCAUCUUAAUUUCCUCGGCAUCCUGUUUGAUUUGGCAGUCUGAACUGCCUGCCUGUCGUGACGAUACUGCCGAGACCACAACACUAUUAUCAUCAUUAUGUUUGCGGUUUUACAAUAUGGCUAGAAAAGGCAAUAAAUUACUACAUGUGGCGUUUUUAAAUUUAAGAACCUUUCUGUAGUUUUAAGAAACGUCUUCGAAUGCAUUUCCAAAGUGCGUUAUUGACAUAAGGUCUGAUAAGGUAAUUAAUUUAUGGGGAAUUCAGUUUGUUAAACUGAACACACCAAAAACAUAUUAUGGUUAGGGACACAUUUCGUUUUGUAAAACUUCUUAGCAUCUGGUUUGUAUAUUAAAUGUGAAUUUUAAAUGACCGUUUUAAGAAAAGUUAUUAAAAAAUAAAAUUAGCUAAAAGAGUAAUUAAAGCGUGUCUCCACAAUUGCAACGAAUGAACUCCAUUCUUGCAUUUUUUGAGAAAAGUAGAGCGAACCAUAUAACGACCAUAUGCGCAUGGCAAUAUGUCUUUUAUAGGAAUAAAAUCGACAAUUUUCAUAUUGUCUAAUUGAAAUCAGUUAUUGAUCUUGUUGCUAGUGAGACAAUUGUUAAGGUGGUUGCUGACUCUUGCUGAUUAUUAUAAAGCAUUUUUGACAACUUACAUAAAAAUAUGUAAAAAGCAUUUUUACAAUGUGAUGAGAAAAUAUUUAUAUACCAAUUGUUUCUUUGUAAAUAAAAGUUCUUAAUUUUUGAAUUUAAUUGAGUUUUUAAAUGUUAGGUUUGAGGAAAUUGAUAUAAAAAAUUUCUAAUACCCGCUUUCUUACAAUUUACAAAUGUGAAAUAUUUUGUUUAAUACGUUCUUUUUUUCUAUAUAGUUACAAUGAUGUACUGGAGUUAUUAUUUUUUAGAUAUUUAGGCGAACUUUGUAUUUUUACUAGGUCCCGUUGGAAGCUGGAUGCUUUCGACUGGAUUCAUUAAUAAUAAAGGUGUAAAAUAUA